ACUCAGGAUGUCAUGGAGGAGGGGAAAGGCGGACGAAGUCCGGUACCGAGUGACGGAGCCGCGGCAGCACCCACACGGCUACACCGAGUACCGGGUCACCGUCACGAUCUUUUCCAAGAAGACUGCAGACGUCAAAGAGAUAACAGUCUACAAACGGUACAGUGACUUCAAAAAGCUUCACAGUGAGCUGUCCUACAUCCACCGGAACUUGUUCAGGAAAUCAGAAGAAUUCCCUGCCUUCCCAAGGGCUCAGGUGUUUGGGCGUUUCGACGAGUAUGUUAUUGAAGAAAGACGCCGGUGUGCCGAGGCAAUGCUGCAGUUCACUGUUAACAUUCCGGCCCUGUGCAACAGCCUGCAGCUCAAGGACUUCUUCAAGGAUGGUGAGGUUUCCCGGCCUCUGGAACUUGGUGCUCCUCAGGACCCCUGCAGCCUGCCUGCCCCACUCAUACCCCUGCCCUCAGAAGAGGGCAGGACCCCGGGGUGUUUUUCCAGCCAAUCACCAGAGUGCAGGCGAUCUUCGCAGCCCCUGACCAGGAGUGAUGGGGAGGUCGGAGUGAUGGCGGCCAAGCCAGAGCCCCACAGUGUGGCCCGACAGAUACAUCACAGUCAGGAUGAACCUGAUCCUGAUCACCAGCAAGCUGAGGAGGUGAGUUGCCCAUUUGACUCGGACCCUGAGGACAAACACGAGGGGAACCGACAGCGGCCUGGGUCCCCCCUCUCCAACCACGAGCUGGCAAUGUUUGACCCCUGUGCAAAGGACAGUGUGGACUCUCUGCCUGACCUGAACCAGCGGAGCGGCCUCACAGCACUGGGCGACGAACAGCCCAAAGACCUAGAGAGGAGACUGCUGCAGCUCAGAGUGCAGCCAGAGGACCAGUUUCUGCUCCCCGCGACCUCACACUCAGACAGUCUCGACAGUGCUGAAUACCUGACUGCAGCGGCCACGUGUAUCAAAGAGGCCCUGGCGAGGGAAGCCAGCCAGGAGUAUGCAGCAGCGUUCACUUGCUACCGCAAUGGGGUGGACAUUCUGCUGAAAGGAGUGCAAGGUGACCUGAAUUCAGAAAGGCGUGACGCAGUGAAGAAGAAGAUGGCGGAGUAUUUGAAACACGCAGAAGCCAUUUUCACUGAGCACCUAACGGGCUGUGUAUCAGAGGAUGUUGCUCCCACCUCAUGACUCAGAAGGAUGUGAGUGGAGCAGCAUCAUGGAGAAUAUCCUCUGGCCACCUGCCAGUCAAAUGUCCGAGGGAUGGGUGAAGAGAGGUGUAUGCCCUGGACGCCCUUUUGUGUCUGAGAAGGUUGAUGAAGGCUUUUACCAAAUCCCUCACCAAUCAGGUUGCUUGCUGUUGAGAGACUGGUUAAAAUCCCCAGCUCGAUGGAAAAGCUGGAGACAUGCACCCCUAAACCCCACCCCCACCCCCCGAUGGUGAGAUCGGGGUUCUCUACUCCCACCAUCCCCACCCCUACCCCAAUGUUGGGAUGUGUCAGUGAACAGAGGGCCCUCUCAGUCCUGAGUCUCAGGGAAAGUGUGGUCUGUGUGGUGAGACACUGGAUUGUCCCCGAGAUGAAAUUGGCUAGUCUUCUUUGCCAAAGCUAACAAAAGCCUCGCCUUCCUGCAGCACCUUCCUAAAUUUUUCCACAUUGUUCACUGAAAAAUUGCCUUCUGUUUUGAAGUGAACACACCCUUAUGAUGCUCCCCACAGAUGACCCCCACGGUAAGACAGUUCAUCAGCUUUUAGUGACCAUAACGAAACAACAGAUGUUUUCCCCGGGCCCUGCUGUUCCCCACCUAAAUAUAACCUAAAGUGCCACAUUGUUUAUAUCCACUGAGAUGGUGGUUUGCAGCAUCUCACCUAGAAGUUGACAUCUCUGACGGUGCCUGCUGACCCUCCAACAGUGCGGCGCUCCCUCAGCGCUGACCCUCCGACAGUGCGGCGCUCCCUCAGCGCUGACUAUCCCUGUUUAUCAGUUCUUUUCUCUUUCUGUCACUCCCUUUCUGUGGUUCAGUCCUGACCUUCCCCGUCUCCAGCCUCGCUCUUGGUCCUGCCUUUCUUGUGUUCCCUCUGUACCUCUGACAGUGGUCACUGAAAAUUGAUGGUAUGCACACAAUGCGUUUGGAGUCCCUGUGGCCUUAAUGUAUUGGUCACAGAACCAUUCACAUUUUCAGCUGAGCUGUUUCAUAAACCAUAUAGUCUGUUUGCCUCAGCUCCAGCUUGCUGUGAAUGGUGAGGACUCCCUCUGUUCAGUGAUCCUGAGUUUUCAAUUUUCCCAUGAAUAUCUAGCAUUGUUCCCUGUCUUACAGUCCCCCUGAUGUGGUCUCACAGACCUUCUGUAGAUCAUCUGUCCGUCCCCACAGCCACCUCCUUGCAUUUCUGUGCCUUAAAUGUUCACAAUUCCCACCAGGCUAAUAAUUUUAUGAUCCUGUACAUUCUAAGCACUUGGUUUGACUCCAAGUAAAGUUACUCUGAACGCUGAGGCUUGUUGAUUCUGUUCUGUUUAACAUUUUACGUUUCUGUCUGCAUCGUUCUGACUCUGAGACUCACUCAAUCCCACUCUGAAUGGUAGGGAUUGGCCAGGAGUCGUCUGCAUUUAUUGCCCAUCCCUAAUUGCCCCUUAAAGAAGUGAUGAGCUGCCUCCUUGAACCUUCAUAGUCUAUUGGUGUAGGUGUACCUACAGUACUUUUAGGGGGUGGGGGGAGUUACGGAAUUUUGACCCAGCUUCUGGGACAGCAGUGUAUUUCCAAGUCAGGAUGGUGAGUGGCUCAGAGGGGAAUUUGUAUUGGGCGGUGUUCCCAUAUAUCUGCUGCCCUUGUCUGUCUUGGAGGUGGAGGUUGUGGAUAUGGAACCCACAGCCCAUGAGUGAAUAAAGAGUCGUGACACUGACACAGUGAAUCUGGCAGAGGGACAGGGAUGGGUUAAAUCGGUGGGCAGAAAGUUGGCGGGUGGAAUAUAAUGUGGGGAAAUGUGGCAGAAAUAUGGCACCAUGGCAGGAAAAAUAGAGUGGGUGAAUAUUACUUAAAUGAGAAAGGCUGCAGAAUGCAAUGGAACAAAAGGAUUGUGAUCCGUGAAUCACAAAAACAUUGCAUCCAAGUUCAGAGUUAAUAGCAAAGGAAAUGAAAUUAUUUCAAAGGAAAGGGAGUAUAGAAAUUAAGGCGGUUUUGUUAAAACCAUAUGAGGUACUAGUGAGACCACAGCUGGAAUAAUUUUUACUCUUUAUCUGAUACCAGUUAUGGAGGGACUCUCUCUCUUAUGAGGAGACGUUGAGCAGAUAGGGUGUGCACUCAUCAAGACAGAGAAGAAUGAGAGUCAGUGUGAUUGAAAUGUACAAGAUUCUUUGGGGACUUGACACAGUAGAAGCAGAAAAGUUGUUUCUGCUUGUGGGAGAGUCUCACCUCAGAAUAAGGGGUUGCACGUUGUAAACAGAGGUGAAGAGGAAUUUCUUCUGUCAGUGUGUGCAUCUGAGGAAUUCUUUCCCACAGCGGGCUAUAGAGGCUGGAUCAUUAAAUAUAUCCAAGGCUGAGAUGGACAGAUUAUUAAUCAAGAAGGGAAUCAAGAGUCAUGAGCAAUAGGCAGGAAAGUGAAGUUGAGGAUUAUCAGUUCAGCCAUGAUCUCAAUGAAUGGCAGAGCAGACUCAAUGGGCUGAAUGGCCUGCUUCUCUUCCUAUGUCCUAUGGUCUUAUUGGUCAAGUCCAGUUUAUUUUCUGGUCAAUGGAACAUAGUGCGAACAUCAAUGAACAUCCCCGCUUCUGAUCUUAUGAUGGAGGGAAUGUCAUUGAUGAAGCAGCUGAAGAUGGUUGGGUCGAAAGCACUACCUCGAGGAACUCAUGAAGAGAUUCCAGUUUUCCUAAAGCUCUGUGAUGCCACACUCGGUCGAAUGCAGCCUGGAUGUCAAGCGCUGUCAUUUUCACCUCACCUCUGGAUCUCAGCUGUUUUGUCCAUGUUUGAAGCCAGGUUGUAAUGAGGUCAGGAGCUGAGUGAUUCUGGCGGAACCCAAACUGGGCGUCACUGAGCCUAUGUCGCUUGAUAACACUGUAGAGGACACAUUUCAUCACAUUACAGACUAUUGAGAGAAGAAUCACGGGGCCGUGUCGGGGUUGUCCUGCAUUUUGUGUGCAGGAUGUUUCUGGGCAAUUGUCCAAAUUGCUGAGUAGAUGCCAGUGUUGUAACCGUAUCGGAAGAGCUCUGCUAGGGAAGCAGCAAGUUUGACAGCACAAUUCUUCAGUACUUUUGGCAGAAUGUUUCAACCAUUUCUUGCUAUCAAAUACAAAUGAAUCCAUAUUGCUGGGGCCCUCAGGAGGCCAAGAUGGGUUAUCCAUCUGACACACUGGCUAAAGAUGAAUGCCUCGUCUCUCACACAAUGCUGAGAUCCCCAUCAUUGAGGAUGGGGCUAUUUGUGAAGCCUGCUCCAAGUUAGUUUAAUUGCCCUCCACCAUUUGUGACUAUGGGAAGACCACAGAGGUUAAAUUUGAUCUGUUGGUUGUGAGGACACUUAGCUCUGUCUGUUGUGCGCUGGUCCACUAUUUGGCAUGCAUGUCGUCCUGUGCUGUUCAUAGUACUGCAGGUGUGCUUCUAACGCCCUGUACAACUGUAGCAUAAUCUCCUUCCUGUUGUAUGCAAGGCUGUUUGUGAUAAAUGAGAAUACAUCUUCAGUUCCUUCAUCCAAGCCAUUCGUAUGAUUGUAAUUGCUGCCAGUCGCUGCAGCAUGCUUUUUACAUCACUUAUGCCCACUUUCUGCUUCCUGUCAGCCAGCUAAUCAUCUUUCCAUGUAAACAUAUUGCCCAUGAACUUUUAUUUCGUUCCUUUUCUACAGGGAAAUGGUUACUUAACUGAAACAUAUAAUAUCCCAAGGGGACUUGACUGGAUGGAUGUGGAGAGGGUAUAUCCUCUUGAGAAUCUACAGAGAGGGGCUGCCCAUUUAAGACUGGAGAUGAGCAUGAAUUAUUUUAAUGGCAGGGUUGAAAGGAUUAAAAUGUUUUUGGGAGAUAGGCUGGAAUGUGGAGUAAUCAGAUCAGCCGUGAUCUUAUUCAGUGGCAGAAUAGGCACAAUGGAAUAGAGUGGCCUCUUUCUAAUAAUUCAUUUGAGUGUCUGAGAUGACCUUUGAUUUCUAGAUGGAAUUUAAUCAGGUGCAACAUAUAGUAUAGUAUACCUAUCACUUCCUCUUUAACCACAAGAUGUCACUCUUUCAAAAAACUCUUAAUAAACCUGUUCAACAUGAUUUCUGUCACAAAACCAUGUCAACUCUGCCCAAUUACUCAAACUUUUCCAAGUGCUCUGCUACAAGCUUUAUCAGAACAGUUUCCAAAUCUCACUAUGACAGACAAUAAGCUAACCGCUGUUUCGUUUCCUGCUUUCUGUCUCCCUCCCUUGCUGAGUAAAGGAGUUACUUCCUUUGUUUUCCAGUCCAGUGGAACCUUUGGAAAAUGAAAACUAUCGCAUCAGCUAUCUCACUGGCCUUUUAAGACUUUUGAAUGACAUUCAUCAGGACCUGGCUACUCUGUACCGCGUUCCUCCUCUCUUCCUUCCAUUUCCUGAUUUAUACCUAUUUCUGGGAUGUUAUUUGUAGUGAAGACUGAUACAAAAUAUCUGCUCCAUUCACCUGCCAUCUCCUUAUUUUCCUUUACUGGUUUCCCAGACUAAUUUCCAAUAUGACCACUUAGUUAAAACUUUUCUUUGUCUAGUACCUAUAGCAACUCUUACUGUCUGUUUUUAAUAUUUCUAGCUAGCUUUCUUUCAUACUCAAUUUUUUCCUUCUUAUGAAUCUUUCAAAUAAUCUUUGCAUUUUUAAAAAUAUUUCUUCCAAUCCUAUGACCUGCUGCCCAGUAGUUACAUGCUUUUUCUUCAAGUUCGAUAUUAGUUCUAACUUGUAUACUUCAUUUCAGGUGUGCCUGAUAUUGCUUCUGGCAUGCUGUCCUGUAUCUUGUCAAACCCACUGUAUCAGUUGAGUUCUCUGAGACAGCGAGCAAACCACUCAAUUGUAUUAAAAUGCUACAGAAAAGUCAAAUGAAAAGAAACUGGACAAACCACCCAGCAUCAUCCUCGGUUGUGGUGGGGUCAUUAUGAGGGAGAGGUCAAUGCAGGAUAAUAAGUUAGUGUGGAGUGAUAGGUUAGCACAGUGCGCCACAUUCUUGAGGGAGAAAGAACGUGUUAAGAUGAAACUACAAAUACCAGAAAACUAUAUAACUCAUCACCUUUUUAUUGUUAUUUCUUGGUUUGAAUGGGAGAUUGCCUGGAGAUCUGUCGGCACCUCUCGGUGAUACCCUGAUCUUCCUGCUAGAUCACAGCCUCCAGGGUCGAAGCUGCACUCUCCAGUGUGUGAGUAACUAUCGUCAGGUGCUUCCGAACAUCAUCCCAGGCAUCUCCCUUGGCCAUGGCCUGCUGGUAAGCAUCAGCUAGUCCUGGAAAUGUUUCCACAUCUGAAUUCUUUGACGCAUAGAUAACGUGUCUGCAGACGAAAUAAGUGAAACUUACUCUUGGAGAAACAGGCAGAAUGAUCACUGGACGGAGUGUAACACGAUGUAGAGAGGGUGUAAUGGGACAGAAAGAGCGAAGGACUGAGUGACAGAGACAGACCACAGAAAGAUUGGACUGAGCAAGUGUCAAGGAUACUCAGGGACAGUGAGACUGAGGAGCAGACACAGAAAAAGAGACAGGGAAAUGGGGAGAUGGUGCGAAGAAGAUUGAUUUUGAGUUUGAGAAACAGAUUGGAACCUAUUUCAGAGAAAGUAGGAACUGCAGAUGCUGGAGAAUCUGAGAUAACAAGGUGUAGAGCUGGAUGAACACAGCAGGCCGAGCAGGAAAGCUGACAUUACAGGCCU